UGACGUGAAGCGUGGCUCCAGUCAGCUCGCUCCUCCAACAGUGGGCACCGGCACAUGGACAAAGUUGGAGACAAAGUUUGGAGAUAUGUUACUUUCUACAAAAAAAGGCGAAUCGGUGCUUGUUUAUUUUUCAGGUAGUCGGGGGAACCCUAAAAAACAAUAGCAAAACACGUUUUUUUUAAAUUGAUCAACAUUACAUCAAAAGUUAAAUGAACAAACAUCCUCGCUUGCGGUCCGUUACGCACUCCUUUAUGUCGGUUUUUCAGCAAGACGUCCAUGCCUCCGCGCUGCUUCUCAUUCAUUCGGCAGAGAAGAGCAGCCCGCGUCCGAGCAUACAAUGAAGCAGUGUGUCCUUGUCCGACACAAUGCAGCAAGAUGCUACGAAGCGGACGACACUAUUUCUCGCAAGACUCGGGACGUUUUCGCUCGAUUGCAGAGAGAGAUCAGCUUGAGAAUGAAGCUUUAGCCUGACAAGCUAUGAGCAACACACAGACUAUACUCUAGACGUCCAAUUACAAAGCCAGAACUCAAGAAUGAAGACCAAAUAUGCAAUUGUCUUCAUCUGUAUCGUGGCCCUGGUCAUCAUUGAAAAGGAAAGCAACAUCCUGUCAAGAUUCUCUGAUAAACUGAUCCAGAGGCAGGCCCCACAGCAGACCCCACAGCCUCCACUGGAUUAUAGCAACAUAACACAAAAUGGCUCCCUGAUGAUGCUGAAAAUGCUGCUCUCUAAACUCAUCGGUACAGUUGGGUACAACUCAAGUCUCUCUGAGGAGCAAGAAGAGGAAGAACUAGAUGAUUUAGGCACGUACAGCUUCAGCGGUGGCCGUAAGCACAUAUUACUCUUGGCUACAACACGGACAGGUUCCUCAUUUGUUGGGGAACUUUUCAACCAACACGGGGAGGACAUGUUCUACCUGUUUGAGCCUUUGUGGCACGUCGAGCGCAUGCUGACCACGGCCUCAGAGUCAAACAACGGGACAGUGUUGUCAGGAAUCUACCGGGAUGUGCUCCAGGGGCUCUUCCUGUGUGAUUUCUCUCUCCUUGAGAAGUACAUCGCCCCCCCACCUAAGGACCACGUCACCCCGGCUCUUUUCCGCAGAGAGUCUAGUUUAUCCCUCUGUGAAGAAUCUGUCUGCAGUCCUGUAGUCAAAUAUGUUUUUGAAAGGUUUCACUGUAAGACUCGUCGCUGUGGGCCGCUGAACUUGACCCUUGCAACUGAUUCCUGCCUUUCGAAGCAGCACCACGCCGUUAAGACUGUCCGUGUGCGCCAGCUGGACACGUUGCAGCCUUUAGUGGAGGAUCGCCGUCUGGACGUUAGAAUUAUCCAGCUUGUCCGAGAUCCACGGGCCAUCUUAGCAUCACGCAUGGUGGCUUUCUCUUCGAAGUACCAGACGUGGAAGACCUGGGCGCAGGACGGCCAGGUGCCCGAAGAUGACGAGGAGGUAAAGAGGCUCAAAGCAAACUGCGACCAGAUUAGGAUGUCAGCAGAGGUGGGACUGAGCCAACCUCGCUGGCUGAGGAGACGCUACAUGUUGGUGCGCUAUGAGGAUAUUGCCCGCUACCCCAUGCAGAAGGCAGAGGAGAUGUACAGGUUCACAGGGAUACCAUUCAGUCCCCAAGCUCGGGAGUGGAUCCUGAGGAACACACAGACCAUGCAGGAAGCUAGCGGGAUUUAUUCCACCCAGAAGAACUCAUCAGAGCAGGCAGAGAAAUGGAGAUUCAGCAUUCCCUUCACACUGGCUCAGGUAGUGCAGAGGGUGUGUGGACCCACAAUGGAGCUGUUUGGAUACAGGUUUGUGGAUGAUGAAAAGACACUGAUGAAUAAAUCCAUCAGUUUACUCGAAGAGAAGCUCUUUCUUUAAUUCAGAGGUAAAAAAUGAAGCUGAGAAUCUGGAAAACAUUUCAUGCAAUGGAUCCAAACCAGGAAAAGACAUUAUUGCACAGACCAAAACUAGUAUGCAAAGGUGCCAGGAGACACAACAUGUUUUACUUGGGACAGUAAGCUAUUGGCCAUACAAUAAUAUUCACUCUCACCAAUGAUGUGCCUCAUUGAUACAAAUGAAGAGCCACUUAAGAAAGAGAAGUAUUUAUUUGUGUUCUGCGUUCACUGAGAGGCCUGGUAUUUAAGCUUUACUUGACGCUUUAAAUGUAGUUUUAAAUUAAAAAAAAGGCUUAGAUGUCAAGCCUGACUUGAAAGGGAUUAUUAUGUAAUAUUUGAUUGAUAGUUGAUCAUCUACAAAAGUGAAAUGAUGGUGAUGUGUGUUAACUUUGUGUGUGUGUCUGAGAAAUAAGUUGUUUCUGUUCAUCGUUCAUGACGCUAGUGCUUACAUUUGUCUAGUUCAAUGUAUAUUUUGAUAUAUAUCAACUGAUAGAUCACUUUAGUUUAGACCUGGUGUGCUUUAAUAGAGCUUUACAUAUCCGACUCAGGUGAAAUGAAUGUGGCAUUUUGUGGUGUCUUCACAAGGAGUAUUGAUACAUCUCCACAAAAAGUACUCUGUGUGCAAGUACAGUAUGGUCUUAGAUGUAAUUAACCAAAUGCCAUUUAAAGCAAUUCUCAAUAUAUCAUAAUGAAGAAGCUAAUCUAGAUGGAUAUAUAAAACUCAUUAGGUGAGAUAAAAUUAGUAGAUAUAUUGAUAUCUUACUUCAGAUACCAACAUGUGUCUUUAACAACCGAGUGUAGUUUUUCCCAAAAGAAAGUAUCCACAGCAGUAAUGCAUUUUCCAGUGCUGCCUCCUAUCCUCUAAGGACACAGUUUAGGUAUUAUUUAACCGAAGCAGCUCCUGCACUGAUAUCCUAUGUGUCACAGGGAACAUUCUUGUGCAAAGAGAUGUUUUAAUUACUUUACAAAUCAGAGAAAUAAAAUCACCAGAAUGAAUAAAA